UAUAAAAUGUUAAUCCGGGGACGUUAGCAGUGACGCUGUCUCUAAUGUACGUCUGUCUCAUUAGCUGUGGCUCAGCUGGAGCUCAAGGACAGAACCUGAACUCUUCCACACUGGGUUAAGAGUCUCCGGGUGUUCCAGGCACUUGCCCUUUUCCCCGAAUGAGACAACGAAGACCACUCAAAGAGCGCAACACACCAGAGGAACAGACCAACAUUAUAAAUCCUGGAUUCCUGGGCACAGAGUGUUUCAGGAAGAUGAUGAGGAGGGGAUUGAGAGGAGUGGGUGGGCAGUCCAUGAGGAGCCGGCAGAUCUGAAAGGUGUGAGUAGUCUCAGACUAACAGUAUUUGCAGAAGAACUGCUAAUGUCAGGCAGUUGUAAAUACCAGAGCUCAGAGAUGGACGACAUGGAGAGCGAGGACCCCAACAUUCAGGAGCUUGGGAAUCAGAUUGGGGGUCUAGUGAUGGGCAUCCAAGAAGCUCUGACCAUUCUGUUUAUCAGGAUCCGACAAAGAGUUCUACAGACUACUAUUCUUCUGUGCGUUCUCCUGCUGAUGCUCUGGGUGGCCAUAUUCCUCUAUGGGAGUUUCUACUACUCUUUCAUGCCCACUGCCAGUUUCAUCACUCCUGUGCACUUCUAUUACAGAACUGACUGUCCAACUCCCCACCACUCCAUCUGCUCUUUACCAAUGGCAAACUUUUCACUGCUUAAGAAUGGAAAGAAACAGGUAAUGACAUAUGGGCAGCCCUACCAGAUCACACUGGAGCUGGAAAUGCCAGAGUCUCCAGUCAAUGAGCAGCUGGGAAUGUUUCUGGUGAAGAUGUCCUGCUACUCCAGUGAUGGGCAGGUUGUUGAUACUGCUGCACGUUCUACCAUGCUGCACUUCCGCUCCAGCCUGCUGAAUUCUCUGGGCACUCUGGCGUUCUUUCCCCUGCUACUGAUGGGCGCAACCGAGCAGAAGCAGUACGUCCUAGUGGAACUCUAUUCCUCUUAUGUAGACAACUCGUAUAAGCCUACUGUUGGAGCAGUUGUGGAAAUCUACUCCCAGCAGGUUCAGAUCUACAAAGCCCAGCUCUACAUCCAUGCCCACUUCACUGGCAUAAGAUACAUCCUCUAUAAUUUCCCCCUGGCUUCAGCUGUGGUGGGCGUGCUGAGUAACUUCACCUUUCUCAGCAUGCUCAUCCUCUUCAGCUACCUGCAGAUGGCUCUGAAUGGCAUCUGGCCAAAUCGACAGGAUGCACGUUGGAAUCAAUUCAGGCCGAGGAGAAGAGAUGUUUCAGAAGCCACAGGUCUCUAUGAGAGAAACGCACAACCUGAGGACAACAGUACAGGCCCAAAAACAAAUAUGUCUGGUGCAUCAGUAAUGGGACCCAGUGACAUCACGGAUUCCAACCCUGGCAAGAUGGAAGAGUCUAUUCUGGAUGCAGGGGUGGAGGACAUUGUAGAGAUAAAUAACUCCAAAUGCUGUGAUGAAAACCACUGCAUACCCGAGGCACAGAAUGAAGAAAUAUACUUGAAACUUAGGUUUCUGUCUGAGGGAGUGUCUGAUCCGCCUGCAGAUGCUACAGACAAGGCCUAUUACCGCACUGGAACAUGUCUGAGCUCUUAGAACACAGCAGUUGGGAAGUUUAGUAAUGAGGCUAAAGGUUAUGAUAAGCAAAAGGGGACAGUGAGCUGCUGUUCUCAGUUAUCAGCAGAAUUUGAGCAGCAGAUUCAGUCAGGCAGGGUGGCGGUAAACAUUGUAUUUGAAUGAAAAAGAUAGGAAUGUGCACUCCAGUUGGUUGAUUAGUUAGUUGCCUGUCAAGACGCUCUCCUAUUACACACUCAUUUCUUAUAAAGUAGAUGUACUGUACUGUCAUGUUCAGACAUGGGUUGUGUAAUCACUCAGAUAUCCAAAUCUAUGGCCCUUUUUCAAGAAAUUCAACACUGCAGAGCCAACAACAUUUGUUUGUGGUUUACUUGUGGAAAGCAAUGUCUGUAUUUGCAUUCAUUUACAUGUCCUUUCUCUUCACACAAGUUAGUCAAAGAUGACUGGUUGCUCUUGGAAUAACUAAUGCCUCCAUUGUAUAUUAUGUGUUUAUGUGCCCAUUGAUAUAUUAUGUCAUUUUAGAGCAAAAAAAGAUCAACAGCUUUUCGUUUUUUUCUGUUACUGAAGGAGAGGGUUAAUGUUGUACUAUUGUAAAAAAAAAUGGAGCCAAUAAUAAAGAAGUAAAGAUUACCACACAUUAA